CCGUCACCUCCUUUCUUUUUACUUCGUUUUAUCCUCGAUUUCCCUCGCAAUCUAGGUGCUCGUUUCGCACGAGACCGCCCCUCCCCUCCCAGCUGGCCCCUCCUCCCCCCUGUUCCAAUCGCCAGCUGUGCCCACCAUGGACAACAACAUGGAAAUCGAUACUGCACGGUCGCCCGAGCCGCACCACCUCUCGCCCACAAGCGACCCCGGCUCCAUACCCACCUUGGAUGGCUGGAUCGAGAGUUUGAUGACGUGCAAGCAAUUAGCGGAGGAGGAUGUGCGACGACUUUGCGAUCGGGCACGAGAGGUAUUGCAGGAGGAAUCGAAUGUUCAGCCAGUGAAAUGCCCGGUGACGGUUUGCGGUGAUAUACACGGCCAGUUUCACGAUCUAAUGGAGCUCUUCCGCAUCGGCGGUCCUAACCCUGAUACAAACUAUCUCUUCAUGGGUGAUUAUGUCGACCGAGGCUACUAUUCCGUCGAGACCGUGACCCUUCUGGUCUGCUUGAAGAUUCGUUACCCUCAGCGUAUUACCAUCCUUCGUGGCAACCACGAAUCCCGCCAGAUCACCCAGGUGUAUGGCUUCUACGACGAGUGCCUGCGCAAAUACGGCAACGCCAACGUGUGGAAAUAUUUCACCGACCUCUUCGACUACCUCCCCCUCACUGCUCUCAUUGAAAACCAGAUCUUCUGUCUGCAUGGUGGACUGAGCCCGUCCAUUGACACCCUCGACAACAUUCGAUCCCUGGACCGCAUCCAAGAAGUCCCGCACGAGGGACCCAUGUGUGAUCUCCUCUGGAGUGAUCCCGACGAUCGCUGCGGUUGGGGAAUUUCUCCUCGCGGUGCGGGAUACACAUUCGGUCAGGACAUUUCGGAGGCGUUCAACCACAACAACGGCUUGACUCUGGUUGCACGGGCGCAUCAACUGGUGAUGGAGGGAUAUAACUGGUCACAGGACCGCAACGUGGUGACGAUCUUCUCAGCGCCCAAUUACUGUUACCGCUGCGGCAACCAGGCCGCUAUUAUGGAGAUCGACGAGCAUUUGAAGUACACAUUUCUACAAUUUGAUCCUUGCCCCCGAGCGGGAGAACCCAUGGUAUCGAGGCGCACUCCCGACUACUUCCUGUGAUAGAUUUCAUCGUUGUCCUGCAGAAGGCUACUGGGCUAGCGAAGGAACGGGGCAUAAGAACGGGGCAUUUGUCCGCUUAAUUCUGUAUGGUUCGGUGCCUGGCCGUCUGUUGAUACCAAUCAUGAAAAUAAAAGACUUUGCGAGAC